CUGAGCCAUUUCCAGGCCGCUAGCAGCACGAGCAGCUUGUGAUCUGCUGCUUCCUUCCCCACGGAAGGAAGGCCUGGUGGUCUGCUUCCAUAAGCAAGGAGACCCGAUGGGACAGGUCUACUCUGGAACACAUGGGGUCACCAAGAGUUGAAGCUGACUUGACCGCGACAGGUUUGAGGGCUUUCAGGUAUGUGAGACUUUCAACGCAAAAGCCAGGAAAGUCCUGGGCAAAGCGGGACAGAUUAGUCACCUUAUGCCGUCCACACCUGUCUGACUUCUGCUAAGGAUGUGUUCCAAGAGAAGAAGAAACAGGCCUCAGACAUCAGAGGAGGGCUUCUGGGUGUCCGUCUGCUGAGGGCUCGGGGAUCUCACCAUGUCCACCCCCUUCACUAACUCAUAUACUGAAGACCACGUGUACGAUGAGGGGGCUGAAGCCUGUCAAGAGGGGGACAUCGUGGACUUCGGGACUGUCUUCCUGCCUAUAUUCUACUCAUGUGUCUUUGCCUUUGGCCUGGUGGGAAAUUUGCUGGUGGUGUUUGUCCUUACCAACAGCCAGAAGCCCAAGAGCAUCACGGACAUUUAUCUCCUGAACCUGGCCUUCUCCGACCUGCUGUUUGUAGCCACCCUGCCCUUCUGGAUUCACUAUGUGAUAAGUGACCAAGGCUUCAGCAAUGCCGUAUGCAAACUUAUCACGGCCUUCUUCUUCAUCGGGUUCUUUGGAGGUAUCUUCUUCAUCACCAUCAUCAGCAUUGACAGGUACCUGGCCGUCGUCCUGGCUACCCACUCCAUGAGAAACCGGACAGUGCAGCAUGGCGUCACCAUCAGCCUCAGCGUCUGGGCAGUGGCCAUUCUGGUGGCAGCACCCCAGUUUAUGUUCACAAAGCAGAACGGAAGCGAAUGCCUCGGCGACUACCCCGAGAUCCUCCAGGAAGUCUGGCCCGUGCUCCAGAACGUGGGAGCAAACCUCCUGGGCUUCCUGCUGCCCCUGCUCACCAUGAGCUACUGCUACCUCAGGAUCAUCUGGACACUGUUUUCCUGCAAGAACCACAAGAAAUCUAAGGCCAUUAAACUCAUCUUCCUGGUGGUCAUCAUGUUUUUCCUCUUCUGGACGCCCUACAACGUCAUGAUUUUCCUGGAGACGCUCAAAGCCUUCCACUUCUUCCCCAGCUGCGACGUGAAGAAGAAGCUGAGGUUGGCCCUCAGUGUGACCGAGACGAUUGCGUUUAGCCACUGCUGCCUCAAUCCCCUGAUCUAUGUGUUUGCUGGACAGAAGUUCAGAAGGCACCUUUACCACCUGUACAGGAAGUACCUGGCUAUUCUGUGUCGUCAUCCGGUCGAAGUCAGUUUCUAUCCCUCGGAAUCUCAAAGAAGCCGGCGGGAAAGUGUUCUGAGCAGCAAUUUCACUGAGUGUACAAGUCAUGGCGAUGUCUCCAUCCUUCUCUGAAGGAAAUCCCAAAGCCGUGUUCCUACAGAGAGCCUGACAGAAUGAUGAAGGCAGGUUUUGUUUGUUUGUGUUUUACGUGCAAGAAAUGAUGAAUCAAUGCCCAAAAAAAUCAACCCUAGGAUGCUUUUAGAGCCCUGAUGGAACAGUGAUUAAGAGCUCAGCUGCUAACCAAAAGGUUGGCAGUUCAAAUCCACCAGUCACUCCUUGGAAACCCUAUGGGGCAGUUCUGUUCUGUCCGACAGGGUCACUAUACAGUCGCAAUGAGUCGGAAUUAACUCAACAGCAACGGAUUUGGUUUUUGGAAUAUUUGAGGAUAGUGCUCAAAAUUCGAAUGAUAAAGGGUAGGCGUGUCUCUUAAUACAAAUGUCAGGGAUUUUUUGUCUACAAGUGACAAAAAUUCAACACAGACCCGUUUAGCUAAAAAGGGGGUGGUGAGUAUUGUUGACAUUGUGGAAUGGGCGAGGGAGUGGCUGACCCUCAGAGUGGCUGGAAACUAGGGCUCAAGUCCAGCUAGAAUUUCCUCUCUCUAACUCUCAAAUCUCUGUGAAUUAGAUUUUCCAGAUCACAUAUCACAGCUUUGUCAUCAAAGAGGGACUGAGAAUUUCAAAUUCUUAUGGACCCCAGACAUCCUGGAGCUGAAGAUUGGAUGAACCUCUGAAACUAUUGUCCUGAGAUAAUCUUUAAACCUUAAACCAAAAAUAUCCCCUGAAGUCUUCUUAAAACUAAAUAACAGUUUAGCUUAAAUAUUAAAGAACAUUUGCCUUGAUCAUUGUGCUCUUUUAAGAACUAUCUAUAUGGAAUUAAAUUGACAACAGCAACUCGAAAGUUUAGAUAAGAACCUUAGUGGGCAGUGAAUUUAUGUUAAUGGAGAGGAAAAAUUCAGAAAAGGAAGGUGAGAAUGGUUACACAACUUGAAGAAUGUAAUCAGUGUUACUGAACAUUACACAAGAAACUGUUGAAUUGGUGUAUGCUUUGCUGUGUGUAUUCCCAACAACCACAAAAUAAAUAAAAGUUUAAAAAAAAUAA